AUGGUGACUCGGGAGGUGCCAUGCAUAGCGAGGUGUCUUGAAGCAGCGCAUUCAUUAGAUUAAUUCAGUACAUCCUGUAAAGAAGUAAUUGACACUAGUAACAUGAAAAAGUCUGAAGUUUCUGGAGUCAUGGCUAAAGCUGACAUCCAACCAAAAUCUAUACAUCAUGCCCAAAAAUGGUCAGAUGAGAUAGAAAACUUAUACAGAUUUCAGCAAGCUGGAUACAGAGAUGAGGUUGAAUAUAAACAAGUAAAACAAGUUGAUAUGGUAGAGUGUUGGCCAGAAACUGGAUUUGUUAAGAAACUUCAGAGAAGGGACAAUACAUUCUACUAUUACGAUAAGCAAAGAGAAUGCGAAGACAAAGAAGUCCAUAAAGUGAAAGUUUAUGUGUAUUAG